AAACCUUAUGUUCUCCCGAAAAUGACGAUGAAGCUUGAGCGCAUUGGAAGAGAAGUGAUCAAACCAGCUUCUCCAACAACACCCUCCCAUGUCCGAACCAUUCAUCUUUCUCUCUUUGAUCAAUUCCUUCCCACCACUUACUUACCCGCCAUCUUCUUCUACGACAAAACCGCUGAGGAAGAGACGGUCUCCAAGAUCCUCAAGAGUUCUCUGUCCGAGACUCUUACUCGCUUCUAUCCACUCGCUGGUCGAAUCCAAGGCGUCUCUCUCGAUUGCAACGACGAAGGAGCUCUGUUUACACAGACCCGGGUCGAUAUGCUUCUCUCGGAUCUUCUGACAAACCCAGAUGCUCUUCUGCCCGAACAACUUAUUCCAUCAGAUUCCAUGGAUCCUGGGACAUGGCCGUUGUUGAACAUCAAUGUCAGUUUCUUUAAAGCAGGAGGAAUGGCGAUUGGGGUCAGCGUUUCUCAUAAGAUAUGCGACACAUACUCGCUGAUGAUGUUUGUCCAAGGUUGGGCUUCUGCUGCAAAAGGGUGUUCCGAUACAGUGAAUCCUGUAUUCACGACACAGUUUUUCUACCCUCCUGCCGAUCUUUCUGUCGAGUUUCCAUCUCUUGUCAAGCACGGAACAGAACCUGUAACACAGAGGUUUGUCUUCAGUACCACUAAACUCAAAGAGCUCAAAAGCAGAGCCGCAAGUGAAAACGUCAUGGUACCUACUCGUGUUGAAGCCGCCACAUCACUUCUUUUGAACUCUGCCACAAAGGCCUCGAAAUCGAACCUUCCACUUGUGAUGACACAAACCAUGGAUUUACGACCAAGAGUUCCUCCAGCUCUCUUGCCGGGAAUGGCAAUCGGAAAUCUCUUCUUUCUGCCAUUCCUAAAAGUCGGUUCAGAAAGAGAGAUGAAAAUCGAAGAGACGGUUACCAAAUUAAGGAAAAGUAAGGACGACCUCGCUGAGAUAUUCAAGGAGAAUCCCCAAGAGAAUAGGACUAUCGCUGAGCUCGUGACUAGUUGGUGCAGAUUUCCGCUAUAUGAGGUCGAUUUCGGAUGGGGAAACCCGGUAUGGGUGGCAGCAGGCCGUAUGGUGGGCGUGCAGGUCAUAAUAAUGGAUGCAAAGGACGGGGAAGGGAUCGAGGCAUGGGUGACAUUACCUGAGCAAGACAUGCUUGAGUUUGAACACGACCAAGAACUGCUUGCUUAUGUUACUCCGAAUCCCAGUGCCCUGAUCUAGCAUCCUGGUUAUAUCUUAUCCUAAGAUUGAACUGUUCUUUGUCCUUGCAAUAAGAAGAGACAAGGGUAAAGAUCAAUUAGUGCCUCCAUCCCAUUGUUCCCUGUUUCAUUUUCCAAUUUAUGGAAUGUGACAAAAGUAGUGCAGAAGAUUGUGUGUUUUUGUUUUUCCGUUUUCCUAUUAUGAUAUUCAGUUUCUUGGUACGCAAGGAAAUUGCACAUCA